ACACAGGAAACCAAGCGUCGCUUGAUAGAGAUGAAAUUAUUUCCAUUAUUUUAUAUUUUGCAGUGAUUUAUAAAUAUUAAAGCUUGUCUAACCGAUUUGUGGGAAUUUUUAAGCAUGGCAACGAAUAUGGAGGUAGACGGGACAAAGUCCAAUGUGAUGGCUUCAGCAGGGACUUCAGGAAGUGUAUCGGUUUCGCUUCACCCUCUGGUGAUCAUGAACAUUUCUGAACAUUGGACAAGAGUUAGAGCUCAGGAGGGAAAACCACAGCAAGUAAUUGGAGCUGUGAUUGGCAAACAGACUGGAAGAAAUAUUGAAGUGAUGAAUUCAUUUGAGUUACUGUUUGAUAUUGUGGAUGGACAAAUUGUAAUAGACAUGGAUUACUACAAUACAAAAGAAGAACAGUUUAAACAGGUAUUUAGUGAGAUGGACUUCCUUGGCUGGUACACAACAGGAGAUGACCCAACAAAUUCAGAUAUACAUGUACAUAGACAGAUCUGCAGUAUAAAUGAAAGUCCUGUAUUGUUGAAAAUGAAUCCUAUGGCCAGGAAUCAAGAUGUAAGUUCUCUGCCAGUUGCCAUAUAUGAAUCUGUGAUAGAUCUGGUGAAUGGAGAGGCUACAAUGUUAUUUGUGGAACUGCACUACACACUUGCUACAGAAGAGGCAGAAAGAAUUGGUGUGGAUCAUGUAGCCAGAAUGUCAACAGCAGACACUGGAGAGGCAUCUAGUGUUGCGGAACAGUUGAUAGCACAACACAGUGCAAUAAAGAUGUUACACAGCAGAGUGAAACUGAUUCUAGAAUAUAUAAAGGCUGUAGAAGCAGGUGAAAUACCAAAGAACUUGGAUAUAUUGAGAGAGGCGUACAGUUUAUGCUACAGACUACCUGUAUUAAAUACUGACAAGUUCAAGGAAGAUUUCUUCACUCAAUGUAAUGAUGUAUGUUUGAUGGCUUACCUUGGAACUAUAACAAAAGGAUGUAACACAGUUAAUCAGUUUGUGAAUAAGUUUAAUGUGAUACACGACAGGCACAGCAUGGGCAGAAGAAUGAGAGGGCUUUUCUUCUAAAACUCUGUUACAUAACUCAUCACACAUUGUUAUAACAACCCCCAGAGAAAUGACAGUUAACAGCACACAGAUAACAGCACACAGUGUUUCCUUAGGAACUGUCAUAUACAAUAUCCAUGUGGUUACUUACUAGAUUAGACAUUUAACAGAGGAAUUUACUCCAUAAUUAUAGUGCAGUUUCCUAUGUUUCUGGAACUUCUGACUCCAGACUAUGAAACUGCAAAAUACAAUGCUUUUUGGGAAGUGUUCACAAGGCUAAUUUUAUGAUAGUGCUAUUUAAAAUAGUUUUAAAAUGACAUAUCAAGAAAUUGUGAUUUAUGUGUCAGUGUACUACUGGGCCUAUUCUGCAACAAGGUCUCUCAAAAUUUUCUUUAACUGAAUGCCAAUUAUAUAUAAAUUCUUUAGGUCUCAAGGGGUAAAGAAAUCAUGUUUUUUUGCCAAAAUGUUUUUUCUAAGGAAAUCCCAUGAAUAAAAUUUGGGCACAUGAGAAUUUCAUAUUUUUUUUUUCAAAUUUAACAUUAGCAUUUUCCUUCUAUCCCUAAAAGUUUGAUAUCAAUCAAACAACAGAUAAGAGUCAAAUAACAACAUUGAAAAAGAAAUUAAAUACAAUGGAAAAUAUGCUAUCGAAAUGGAACUGUGAUUAUAAAUCUGAACUAUAUACUUAGCAAAUUUUUUUUUUAAAUCCUACUGCUUCAUAAUUAUGCUUAUGAACCAUUAAAAAUGAUUUAGAAAAAUGGCCCCCACCCCUCCAAAUAAAGUUGCAGAGUUGGCAAAUCAAACAGUAAUUUAAAAUUGAGCAUCUGAUUGUUUUUAUUUUGCUACAAAAUAUACAUUGAAAUAGUUCUGUAUCACACAUUGUUUCAAAGAAAGUACAUGUAAUACAGACGUAAUUGAAAACAAAAAGAUUCAGGAUGUUGUUCAUGUAAUAAAGUGAAAGUGACAUUU